CUUCGCUCGUGGCUUUCUCCCAGUCUGCCGACUUAAAACGAACUUCAGAGAGAGUUGAGGGUUGGAAGGUUUCACUUUGAAUCUCAAGCUGUCAGCUUUCUCAAGUGGGACUACAAACCGACAAGGUAGUUUUGGUCACUUCUGUGGUGCCGUACUGAAAGUGCUUCCUCCUCACUAGUGGUUAAAGGGGUCCCGUGACCCGCCCUUUUGAGGGCAAGCAACCAAGAUGGGGGUGGCGGAAGAAGAUGUAGCCCCAACUUUCACUAAAAAGCCCACUCUUCGUCAAGAAGAUGAUGGCAAUAAACUGGUAUUCGAAUGUCAGCUAGUUACCAAUCCUAAGGCUGACAUCCAGUGGUACAGGGGUGAUGUACCACUACACGAUGACCGCAGGACUAAAGUGACAAUGAAAGAAAUAGGACCUAACAAGUAUAACAUUACUCUUGAACUGAAUGAUGUAUUCGAGACAGAUGCAGGAAUGUACAAAGUAACGGCGAAGAACAAACUGGGAGAUGUCUCGGCGUCCAUUAAUUUAAAUUUCAGUCCUGCCGACGAGCCUCACGAUUA